AUGCCGCAGGCCCAGUAUCAUCUCCAAACAUCGAAUUCCAUGACGACGGCCAUGUAUUCGAUGUCGGUUGCCCGUCGACUGGGAGUAACGGGGACCUGUGCGAUGUUUACUGUGACCCUACUGAUGCAGCGCUACUAUCUACGCCUGUAUGGUCAAACCAUCUCCGGGGUGCAUACCGAGGACGACACGCAGGUGACAUGGGAACUAUUCCACUGCUUUUUUCAGAUCGCACGCAUCGCCCUGCCAACGUGGCGUUGCCGUGAGGCCGUCGGCUCCGUCAUUUUCAUUCUGUUGUUCGCCGUCAAGGCCGUACUACGUGUAUGGGUCUCCAAGGCAAAUGGCGAGGUGCUGUCCACGAUACUGCACGGCGUGCGGUCGGAGCGGUUGCCGCGCUUUGUGAGCAAAGUUAUGGUUCGUAUUGCACUGGGCCUCGCCACAGGUAUGGCGAACGGUGCCAUUGAGGGUCUUCGAUCGUGGCUGAUUGGGUGCUACCGCGAGCGCCUGAGCCGCACCUUUCAGCGGCGCUUCUACAAGCAUCUUGUGUACUACCAGGGAACCAUGCUGGACAACCGUCUGGAGGCAGCCGACACAGCUAUCUCGACUUACUGUGGCGAAUUCGCGGAGCAUUUUGCGGAGCUGCCCUAUUACUUUGUGCUGCCUGGGCUGGGGUGUGUGACGUCUAUAGUGGCGCUUGUGGAGCAAGCUGGAUUGAAGUCGGCUCUCAUCAUGAGCGGUAUCGCCACCAGCGCUGUGUUGGUACUGCGUUGUCUAACUCCAGCAUUAGGCCGUAUUCACUCCCAGCUGCUCAUGCGCGAGGAUGACUACCACCGCAUGCUCACAAACUACCUGAGCAAUGUGGAAAGCAUAGCCAUGCACGCAGCCGGCGAGUACGCGUGUAAGCGACUGGACAACUCGCUCGCGAUGCUCAAGGAGUCGCUCGAUCACAUGGCCCUCGCGAAGGGCAACUUCGAGAUAAUGGAGGCAGCCUUCUCGACCCUCAUGACAGUGGUGGCGCAGUGCGUCACCUUUAGUGGAGCGCGUUGCUCGCACUACAACCGGUCGCUCAACGCUGUAUACCUCGAAAUUCAGCUGAUUGAGGAUCUCAACUGCAGCGUGAAGGACUUUGUCGUCAACUUUCGCGAGCUCUCGCACUUGACGGAGUUUUCGACGAAGAUGGCUGAGUUUGACAACACGCUGAGGAGCAUUGCAGCUGGCACCUUCAUUUACAUGCGCCACAACCCCGGCUACGUGCCUCUGCCGGGUUCACCGCUGGUGUACACGCAGAUGAAGAACAUCACUCACGCUCCAGAUGCAGAGACGUUUCCGCUCGUAAAGAUGGAGGAUCUCGCGCUGGAGUCACCGACAGGGCAGCAUCUGUUCUCUGGCAUGAAUGUGGAGCUUCGCAGUGACGAAGACUGGGUUAUCCUCGGCGAGAAUGGCUGUGGGAAGACUUCGCUGCUGCGCAUGUUGUGCGGCUUGUGGCUGCCCAAGUCCGGCGUACUCUCCCAAGACACCUCUGUGCGCUUCUUCUUGGCACCACAACACAGCUACAUGGCUCCGCAGUGCACCCUGUAUGAGCAGAUCUGCUUUCCCGAUGCAGUAGAGGCUCCGACACUAGAAAUUCGCACUCUCAUCAAGGAGGCACUCGACUUGGCGGGUGCGCAGACAGUAGUGAGCAUCAUUGGUGGCUAUGACAGUGCAGUCAUGGGUCUCGAUCCAAGCAACAGGGAUGAGUCGUACAGCUGGAGCAGCCUUAGCGGUGGCCAGAAGGAGCGCAUCAGUAUCGCACGCGUCUUCUUCCACGUGUUGCGCAUGGAUCGCACCAAGGAGACCCCGGUCGCUAUUCUGGAUGAAGCGACAUCGAUGAUGGAUGACACGGAGCAGGAUGUGUUGAACCACCUGCGCCGCAUGAAUGUGCGCAUGAUUUCUGUCACCCACCGCGAGGUCGUCAUUCGACACCACACGAACAUCCUCCGUAUCGCCCGCGGCGGGAAGUGGAGUGUGGAGAAGGUGCGCAAUCCGGUCAAAAUCGGCGAGCGUGUCGAGGCGGAGCGCACGACGAUGUGA